AACCCUAGACAUAUAUCGAUAACUAUUAGCAAUCGAAAAACAACGAGGCUGGAAUGACGUUUUGGAAAUUAUAACAAGGCAGCCUUUCCAGAGAAACACACACUUUAAGGAGACGCAUAGAAACUCUCAAAUUGUCGCCGGUGGAAUCUAACAUCUAACUCCACCAGUCCGGUCUACAUUCUAGGAUAGCGAGAAGAUCCGGGCAGUACCGUAAGGAGACCGAGGCAGACUGAAGCACGUAGUGCGGAUUGCAGAGAGGUAGAAGUCGUAACGGUGCUGGGAGAAGACAGAGACACCGGAGCAGACGCCAAGCGAAUUACGGGGAAGCCCAAAUGGAGAGUCGAAAACCGUGGCGGAAGAUGGCAGAAGCUUUGAGCCCAGACGAUCAGAAGCAACAUGAAGAAGAAGCCCCGAAAAUGGCCGGCCUAGGUCAGGGUCCGGAAGAGCCAGCCCUCCAAGAAGCAAGGGAGAUCGGGCGUGUCGCCCGAAUCAUGCCACAGACGAUGGAACUUUCCGCCAUAGGUCAGGGUCCGGAAGAGCAAGCCCGCCAAGAAGCAAGGAUGAUCGGGCGUGUCGCCCGAAUCAUGCCACCGACGAUGGAACUGUCCGCCCUAGAUCAGGGUCCGGAGGAGCAGGGCCAGGGACCUGACUGCAGACCGGAUCUUACCGGGGACCGCCCCAGUCUUCAAGGAGGCGGAACUAAGCCCCAAAGUGAGGGGGGAGACGUCGGGCGUCAAGGCUGACCGCCUGGAAGCAGUAAAGCCCCGCAGCCCAACCGCUUGGCAGCACGGAGAGAGUAUGAAGAGGAAAGCGUGCCAACAAUAAAGGUGAAGGAA